GGCCAGGAGCUGGCUGAAUGAUUGCCAGCCUGGCGAGAGCUGAGCAUCUCUCUCUUGUUGACUUCUCGCCUUCUUGGUCGUCUCCUCCUGCUAUCGCCGGGCGAGGCUCCGGGCAAGAGGUGGAAGCUAGCUGACCGACCGGCCACCGGCGGAUCCGCCAUGAGCAACGACCAGCAGGGCGACGUUCCAGGGGGCUACUUCGUUGGCCGCCCGACGAACCACGCGCCGGACAGCACAGACGAACCAGCCGCCGGCGGCAGCAGCGGAGGCGGCGAGCACACUCCUGGCGAUUACUUCGUCGGCCGUCCGGAGAACCAUCGCAAGCUGGAACAAGAACCGGCACCCAAGCCGGCCACAAAACAGAGCACGCCAGGCUUCUUGGCCAAAUGCUGUCCAUGCCUCGGCGCUGGAGCUGCCGAUUAGAUCACUAGAUCAGGAGCUCCUGCCUCCCAGGGUGGUGAUGUGAACUGCAGAGGAUUCCAGUGAACUUGGGAGGAGGCUCUAUCUGUGUCUGAAUUGCAGCUUUGGAGCUGGGGAAGCUGUUCUUAUAUUAACCAUUUGGUGAUUCUUACACGUCCCUGUGCAUCCGUACCACUACCGCGAAGUACAAAUUUGAUCCUUACCCAUCCCAACCAACCAGCUACAGUCUUUUCUCUCUUUCCUGAAAAAGAUACUUAUAUUACAAAAUUUCAAUUCUGUUUAUUUAUUUUUCUUUCUUUGGUUGUGAACCUUUUUUUUUUGUCAUUAGAUGUCUUUCGCUUGUUACAAUACAUGUAUGUCAAUUCAAAUUACAAAGUUCUUACAGGUUAUUGGGUCAUGUACUGUACAUAUGCUGUGGCUUUUGAACAA